UUAUUGCAAUCUGAGAAAAAUAUUGCUUUUUCGAGAAAAGACAAUCAGUUUUUUUUUUUUGAUAAUGAAAUGCGUUCAUUGACUGCAAUACUAUCCUAUAAAGGAUCUCUCGGAUGAAAGAAAAAUAAAGGAGGGGGUCAUAGAUAAAUUAAGAAACUGACAUACAGUUCCUCCCGCCCUUCCAAAACCAAAAAAGUAAAAGGCUAAAGUUUGCUAUCAGUAGAAGCAAUGAGUACUCUGUCAAUAAGCAAUGACAUUUGCUCACAAGUCAAUUUAUUGUCCUCAAUACAACAUCAGCAGAAAGAAUUGGAAAAGCUAGCAGCACUUUUAAAUUCUGAAGAGGAUAGAGAGCAGUAUAAGAAAGUGAUUGAGUUAUCGAAAAUUGCUCAGGCUAGACUAGACUAUUUGUUGGAAAAGAAGAAAACAUCCCUUUUUGAUGUUAAGAUUGUAAAACUACUUGAUUCUGAGGACUCCCAUAAGAAUCAUGUUCUUGACAGAAAAUCAAAUAGUCGAUAUUAUGACAACAGGAAUAGUAGGCAAAGUGACUGUAGUGAUGCAACGCUCGUUCCAUUAUUAAACGGUAAUAGUAAAUGCAGUAAUAAUAGCCUAACAAGUCACUUGAUUGGCGUCGUCGACGACAAAGGCGGUGGCAAGAAUAAAGGUAAUACAUAAAAAAAAGGAGAAAUCAUUGUGUACACACAAUAACUUAAAAAACCCCACUUGUACUAUUUAGAGAGGAAUACACCUCUUUCAAGAAACAGCACUUAUCACGG